CUCUCCCGUCCUUCGUGCGGGCCUCCGCACCUUUGCGGGGACCCGUGAUCUGCAGGGAGUGGACACGCUCCUGGGCGGCGGCGUCGCCCGUGAGCGGGGCCCUGGGCCCCCAGCACGGGCGCUGUGGCACUCUUAGGAUCUUGCGGGGGCCCCUUUGGAGAAAAGAAAAAAAACAAAAAGCGACGCAGUUUCGCCCCAGUUGAUUUUCGGUGGCACACUCCCAGGAAAAUCAGUCCUGGCAAAAAAUAGAUGUUAAACCUUGGUUCGAGUGGGAAACAAAAUGUCUCUUAGUCCACCCAAAUUUCUUGAAGUAAGGGAAGAAGAUAAUUCAAAACUUGUGGAAAUACAACAGUCACAAAAUACUUCCAUAGCUGUAGAAGAUCCUCUUCAAAACUUGUGCUUGGCAUCACAAGAAGUUCUUCAGAAAGCUCAGCAGAGUGGGAGAUCAAAAUGCCGCAAGUGUGGUGGUUCAAGAAUGUUCUACUGCUAUACAUGUUAUGUUCCAGUGGAAAAUGUACCCAUGGAACAGAUGCCACUUGUGAAGCUUCCAUUGAAGAUUGACAUCAUUAAACAUCCAAAUGAAACAGAUGGCAAAAGUACUGCUGUACAUGCAAAACUCUUAGCACCUGAAUUUGUAAAUAUUUACACAUAUCCUUGUAUCCCAGAAUAUGAAGAACAGGACCAUGAGGUUGCACUUGUUUUUCCUGGGCCCAAGUCUGUCUCAAUAAAAGAUAUUUCUUUUCAUCUGCAAAAAAGGAUUCAAAAUAAUGUUAGAGGCAAAAAUGAUGAUCCUGACAGACCAUCUAUUAAACGUAGGAAAAAUGAAGAACAGGAUUUCAAUGACAGCAAAUGCAAAAGUGCAAUACUGAAAAGAAUUAUAUUUAUAGAUAGCACCUGGAACCAAACAAAUAAGAUAUUCACUGAUGAGAGACUUCAAGGACUGUUACAAGUUGAGUUAAAAACAAGAAAAACUUGCUUUUGGCGCCAUCAAAAAGGAAAGCCAGACACCUUCCUUUCCACAAUCGAAGCCAUUUACUACUUCUUGGUAGACUACCAUACUGAUGUAUUAAAAGAGAACUACAAAGGACAAUAUGACAAUCUUUUAUUUUUCUACUCAUUUAUGUACCAGUUAAUAAAGAAUGCCAAAGGCUCUGGAGACAGAGAAACAGGAAAGCUGAUCCACUAAUUUUAAGAAGCCACUUUUAUCAUUUUAUUUUCAUAAAAAAAUCAAUAAAGGAAUGCAUUGUUUAUUCUAAGGAAAUGUCUAUAUGUAAUCUACAAGACCACUUGAAAAAAUGGUUUCACUUCUUUGUUUUUCAAAAGAAAUUUAAAUCUAAUGGAAUCUUUAGAGAUAAUGUUUCCUGAUAAUUCAUUUCACAAGGUCUCUACUCAUUAAGCAUAACUCAGUGUUUUGGUUUUUUUUUUUGUUUUUUUUUCCUUUGGGCUAUCUGUGGUAGUUCUCAGGAGCUACUCCCCAUUCCAUGCCACAGGUACCCCAUGUACCUAUGGACUUAGUGUUGAGGAUCAAA